AUGCCUUCUGACUUUGAAAAUGACUAUGCAUACCUGGGAAGCUCCCUACCUGUGGGUAAGGAUAAGAAGCCCUACAGGACCCCCUCGAACCCAAUGUCGCGCCGUCCAUCGCUUCACCGCAGAGAUUCUUCUCCAGGCCCUUCCUCCUCCCCUCCGCGCUUCAACUCCGGCAACCGGUACGAAUCCGAUGGCCCAAUCACCCUUAUCGACAUCGCAAAUGAUGAGACCAUUUCGCCCCUAGACCCGCGGCGCUUCACUCCAACCCUACAUGCAUCGCUCGUUUCUGAGAUCUUGUCCCUGCGGCGAGACAUGGAGGCGAAAACAAGGGCAAUCGAUUCGCUUGAGAUGACUCUGGAAAAUGCAAAGGCGGAAACAGAGACUUUAAGGGAGACGCUCGCAAAGAGCUCCAAGGAGAACCGUUCGCUGAAAAAGCAGUUACAGCUUCUUGAGGGCGGUUCCCUGUCUGCCAUGACAGAAUUGUCCAAGGAGCGUGACGACGCCUUGGAGAACAUUGCAGAUUUCCGGAAAAGGCUUGAGCAGUCGCAGAAGAGAGCGCGUACGCAGGAGGAUGAGAUUGAACGGACGCAAAGGCUAUGGGAGCGUGAUAAGCAGAAUUGGGAAGAAGAGCGGAGAAACUUGGAGCGUAAAGUCCAUGUUGUGGAGGGACGGCUGAAGGUUGUCCUCAAUGAAGUUGCAGCCGCUCAGGCAGCUGGCUCUUUUCCUCGUAGCGUCGAUGGAGACUUCGACGAUUUUGUUCGGGAUGGCACGACGGCCAGGGCCAGCGAUACUAACAGUGUCCGCUCGAGCAGUGUCCUGGGACGGCGACGCACGAGCACUGCGAGCGUAAGUACUCAUGAUGGUGAUCUGCAUAAUCUUCGGUACUCCGUUAUGAGUCUGGCCAACGGUCAUGGACCCAAGGUCGAUGGCUUGAACCUAGCAGACGAACUUGCCUUUGAUGAGGAAGACGAAGACACAUUGGGCCUAGACGACCACCGACCAGAUUCAAGAUGCACGGUUCCCGAUCACGAAAGGCCCAUGUCGAUGCAAUCACGGCCGAUGAGCAGCAUGAUGGCCCGACAUACGUUGGAUUUUUCGCUUGACGGACAUGAAAGGUUCGGCACUCCCGAUGUACUUGAUCAUCCAAAGAAUCUGGAUGUAAUUCCAGACAUCGAGGAGGAUGCAAAGGCAACCCCAGCUGUACCACAGUUCGAAUACAGAGACGUUGGAAUCCAGUAUACCCCACCUCCAUCCCCUAAGAUCGUCCCUGAACCGGAUGAAGUUAUCGUCGACGAGGCUCCUCUGGUGAAUUGCCCGAACUGUGCAGACCUAGAAAGGAAGCACACAUCCUCUAGUACGGAAACAACACCCAUAUACGAAACAAAGGACAGUAGCACCGUCACCGUGCCUCUCCUCACUACCUCUUCUGCGUGCCAGACAACCGGAGAGCUGCCAAGUCCUCCAUGGACUCCUAAGUUGGACGAAAUUUCAUCAGAGGAGUCCACCCCGUUAGCCUCCCCAGCUCCCUUUAUUGCAACUCCUGCUGUUACAACAGCUUCCAUCUCAACUCAAACCGAUGAUGUAAUUAUCAAGGACAAAGAAACCCAAAACCUAGAACAACUUAUCCGACAGGCAAUGCCAAUCCCUAUGAUCACGAUCGAACCCCCUGGCUCAAACCCACAGUCCGGCAGGAACAGUGUCGUCUUGCCACCGCAAACUAAGAGUAUAUCAUGCCAGACAAACAUCGAACCACUAGUCGAUGUACGGUCAUGUGGCAUGCAAACAGAAGAAAUCCGCGUCGAUAAACGCAGUGCCAAACUCCCCGCCAAACUACUCCCAUCCGCGAUUAUAGACCCACGGAUAAGCCCAGAAUACAUAGAUCUACCAUCACCACCCCCCAUCCAGGCAUUCCACGUCCCUCCAAAAUCCGCAAAAAGGAAGCUUCGGAAACCACCGCCAGUCGAGCCUGCACCGCUAUCAAGGCCGUCCUCGAACGAUAAAGAGCCUGAGAAACUGCAAACACUGCAAGCAUAUCCCGGGAAUAAUGACAAUGGCCCCCUUUCUGACGAUGUAAAGCCAGAGCUUCGACGGCCGUUCAGAAACAGCAGCUUAUUUGCUGGAUUUGAGCACAUCAGUGACGAUGAAUGGCCAGUGCCACAAGGGGACCUGUUUAGCGAUGACGAGCUGUUUAAUCGACCCCUGGCAUCUUACACGCUGAGGGCUGGUAAGCUGGUUACCAAGCCCUCACCCUCAAUACUGGACGACAACCCUCUAGCGGAGCGUGAGGAACACCCAGACACAAAUGAGGAGCAGUAUUCGCCGAAAUCAGUAUCCGAACUAAGAGCUCACAACGGUCCUCAGCAGCGUGCUGUGGCAUCUGGGAAAUCCUCAACUGCCAAACGACCGCCCAGACCCUUGAAAUUGGGCAACGUCGCGAAGCAACCAGAUAUUCGUCGCACUGCCAUGAUCUCUAGCUCUACCGCCGCACAUCAGGCAUUCAGGCCUCGCAGCCCCAGUGCGCCCAGUAUCGGCAGCAGCGCCGCUUCCACUAGUACCGCAACCAAACCUCCCUUCCCCGUUCCCGUGAGGUUGAGUUCGCGCAAGAUCCCUACCAGCGCAAGUGAGGGCGCUCAGAGCCCCACGCCAUACAGCAACGGAAAUUACCUAGAGCGGGGCUUUAGAUCAAGAGAUCCUCCACUUCGUAAAGUACGCUCGGCCGCUGUAGUGUCUAGGACGCAAUAUCAUGAUCGGCAGCAAAGCCAUUCACCUCCAACAAUGUCGACAACAUCAACCUGCCCGGAAAGCCCACACCUACCACCCAUGCCCGUCGACGAAAUCACAGCCCCUCGCAGUAAACGUUCUGGUAAACCGCGCUCAAAUCGACAAAUUCCACCCCCUCCCAGAUCCCAUCGAAGAGACGAGUCAAACAAUACCAACACGGGUAUACAGCAGACUAGUGUGGUCGAUGCGAUCGCACAGACCAUGGUAGGAGAAUGGAUGUGGAAGUAUGUUCGAAGACGGAAGUCUUUCGGUAUGACCGAUAAUAGUAAGGAGGGAUGGGAGCUGGGUAAAAGCACCGAAGAGGUCUCCGCAAAUAUCACUGGGAAUGGCGUCAGGCAUAAGAGAUGGGUAUGGCUAGCACCGUAUGAGCGUGCAGUCAUGUGGAGCAGUAAACAGCCCACCAGCGGAUCUGCGUUGCUAGGCAAGAGUGGCCGAAAGUUAACGAUCCAAUCUGUCCUUGACGUCAAGGAUGAUAAUCCGUUACCCAAGGGCUCUAGUCCUAGUAACCAUUUCAACCGGUCGAUUUUGAUACUCACCCCGCAACGAGCACUGAAGUUCACAGCCAUGACAAUCGAACGCCAUUUCGUCUGGUUAACCGCUUUGUCAUUCCUAAGCCACUCGUCGAUGGGUGCCAACGACCUUGCGUCCUUGCCACCGGUCCCACACGAAGAGUAUCGCCCUCCCCCAGGUAGUACACUAAGGCGCAAUCCAAUCCGCGACUCAAUCCGCGUCGCAAAGGGUAAAGCAAGACCCACCCCAGCAAGUUCCAACCGUUCAUUUGCAUCCCACCCGUCCGCCGUCCCUGAGCUACCUUUUGAUGAAGCUCAACAAGGCGAACCUAUCAACGACGUCGCCGAUCCCCCAAAUGUCCCAAGAUUCUCCUCACACUCGCGCAAGCGAAGCAACACAGCACCGCGCCUCCCUCCAAGUGCAUUUAAAAGCUUCUCCAACCACACCACCGCCCCGUCCACAUACAGCACCACAACCGCGUGCUCAUCGGAUCUCUACUCUCCCUCAACCAUGGGGCCAUCGGGCGUGCAGAGCGGCCAAAGCAGUUUUAGUCAUCGCACCUCAGAAGCCAGCGGCCCAUCUAGCGUUGGCAUGAGCAAUUUCUUCGAAGCAGUUGGUACAGUGCGGAUGGAAGCUUUCGUGGAUCGAAAUGAAUUCCCACGCCAACGAGUUGGUGGGCAUGGACAUAGAUCAAGGCAAGGCGGCGGCGGUGGUGGUCGAAGGAGACGGGAUGCGCAUUACUGGCCCCCAAAUAGCCCGGACACGGAGUUUUAUGGUUCCGAAGACGGGGAUGUGCUCUUUCGAAAUGAGGAUCCUUUUCGAGGGUUCUAG